AUGAUCAAUGGAUGCCCUCGAUACUCCAUUGAUAUCGGUAAAGACAUAGACGACCAGAUAUUGGAUAUCAUUCAAUUACGCCAACUAUUAGCAUUAGUUACCACUAAAGGAGUCUACAUAUAUAAUCUGUACAAUUUACUCCCGCUUGCUAGUCAUGUUAGAUCCCCACUAUCAAUUGAGGAAAAUGGGCUCAAUAUAGUGGUAAAGACAAAAUUUAUUACUGAACUUUCGCUGAAACGGCAGUCAGUAUACAAUUUAUUCAUCCAAACAAAUCAAAACUUUCUACUCAUAUAUCAAAUCAAGAUUGACUACUCACAAUCAGUCUAUGAAGUUCUUACUAGGGACAAUGGAUUAAUGCAACUGGGCCUCCCAUUGAGUGUUGCUGCCCAAAAAAGUUCACUUUUUAAUAUGAUCCGUUCAGCUACAAAGGCAAUUAUCAAUGGCACUGAAGAAGUAUCACCAAAUUUGGAGAAUAUUGAAAGUUUUCAAAACGACACCAAUGAUGAUGACCUAGGAGGCUAUGAAGUAAACCCCGUCCAAUUGUCUAUAUUCAAACUACUAAAAAUAGGAUCCGGAAAACAAGAGUUUUGGCUCAAACCAAACUCUCACGAGCUUUAUGUAUUUACAUACGCAAGCACAGAAAUUAGCCAAGAAAAUCAGGACUCGCUUCAAGUUGUUGACCUCACAACUUUUGAAAGCAAGCUAAUCGAACUAGGAAAACUUCUGUGGUAUAAGGGAAAUGCUGAGAAUAUGUUUUAUAACAAAUUUCUUGAUUAUUUCGUGGUGCAACUUCGAGGUCAAAGUCAAGGUACAGAAGCAGCAGCAGCAGCAGUAGAUGAUGAUGAUGAUGAUGAUGAUGAUGAUGAUGAAUACAAGGUGGUACAAUUCAGAGUCAGUGACCUCGAAACAUACAACAUCUUGGGAAAACAAAGACUAGACUCUAUGGUAUUCAACCCAAGAAUAGAUUUCUUUUAUGCAUUGUCUAAAGAAACCGAUCUUAAUUUGUACAAAAUUGACAAAGGCGGUGUCAGCGGUAGAGUUCACAGGAACAACAACCACAACAACAACCACAACAACAACAACAACAACAACAACAACAACCACAACAAUCACAACUUCAGUAGUAAGAUGAUUCUUAUCAGAAGCUUUCACAUCGACACAAAACACUUACAAUGGUCGAAAUGUGGCAAUUACAUUGUGGUACUUGAUAAACAAGGAUACUGGAAGGUGAUUAGUAAAUUUGGCAAUACACUUUUUGAUACUAAUGAAAUCAUAAGUGAACUAGACGAUAACAAGGAUGAAAGCAGAGAUUUUUCGUGUGCAAAAAGAGUAUUGUAUGCAGAUGAUGGGAAUGGUAUUUAUGUGCUAAGCAUAAGGGAGGAGAGCCAAAAGAAACUAUAUUACAUUCCUUUGCUUAACAUUACGAAACCCAAUGAUAUAAUUUACGACCAGUCGUACAUUACACUUGUUGAUGAAUACCGCAACCUGAUAAAAUUUCCAAUUUUGUCUAAAUUCAAAAAAUUGAUCCAACAGCGCUCACUGGCAGUUCCAAUAUUGUCAUAUGCAAAUACUGAGCAACUAUCACUUUCCAAGAGUGAAAAUAAUAACCAGCUUGCCAUGUCAUACGGUGAGCAUUUAGCCGUAUCCACUCCUUUUAAAACUUCCGAGUACAUCAACCAUAUACUCUGGUUCAACUUUAAGAACUUGCACGUCGAGCCAAUGAAUAUUAUCCAUCAAGUGUGGUUUAAGGACUAUUUAAUUGUUGUUAAUCGAAGGGAAAGGCACUUUUUAGAUGAAAAUGAUAUCAAAGAAGAAGACAAUCACUUUAUUGAUGAGCUCAUUGUAUUUGAUACCUCGCGCACAAAAUAUGGAAUGAGUGGAGAAGAUGUCACCAUUAAUAGCGAGAAUGUAUUGUGGAAAUACGAUUUCAAAACUACGUUUAUUGAUUUUCAAAUGGUCAAAGAUGACGCCGAAUCACAUUUGGUGAUCCUUACUUAUGAUUACAAAAUUGUAGUUUUGGAUUUAUUCAAUGACAAGAUGGUGGAAGUAGACUCGCAAAGCAAGUACUACAAGAUUUUCAUUUCAAUCAAUAGAACAAUCCAUUUGCAAUCUCUCCAAGACAAGAUCAACUUGAAAGAUGUGAUACAAAGUAGCAUGAUCCAUAAGAGACAUUUCUUGUUUUUGCUCAAUUCAGGUGAGCUUUAUUUAUUAAAGAACCUGGGUCGACAGUCAUCUUUUGUUGGUAAGCCCAUUGAUGCUAUAAAGCCAAGCAACAUGUAUGAUUUGAUUCGAUUUAAUACAAUGAUUGAGUUUUUCAAAUUUAAACAAAUUCAGUUUCUGGAGUUGAUCCAAUACAUUUACAUGUUUGACGGUCAGCAAACGCUUAUUUAUGAUGUCGACGAAUUGGUCGAUAAAGCUCAUAGUAAUAUUCAUAAGCAAAACGGGAAGGAGGGAAAAGAGGAAGAAGAAGAAGAAGAAGAAGAAGAAGAAGAAGAAGAAGAAGAACAAGAGGAAGAGGGGGAAUUAGAGGAUCUGGAUUUUUCUUUACUCCCAGUUGUUAUUGAAAGUGAAGGGUUGCAACCAAUCGACAUUGAAGCAUCGUCGGAACGAUCAAUUAAUCUUAUUGGUUUGGAGAAGUUUGUCUUGAAUGGACAUUCUCCCCACAGCUUAGUUUUGAAACAGAAAGUAGCGCAUAAGCUUAUACUUAAUAAUUUUAUUGAAUUUGACUUGGUGCAUCGUGGAGAUUUGCAAAGCACCUACGACAAGUACAAAUCGUUCAAGAAUUUCCAAUUUUGCCUUGAGCUCCUACUUUUUAAACACUUGACGGAUGACCUGCUCAGUUUGCCUUUGAAGCGUUUAUGUCAACUUAUUGAGUUUUCAGACAAUGCUGAGUCCAUAUAUAUAAAUUGCUUGAGGAAGAUCGAAAUAGGAUACUGGGGUAAGUUUUUUGAUGUGAUCAAUGCAUCGCCCGAGAAGUUCAUGAAUCGACUCAUCAAACUUGAUGAUGUUGAAUUGUGUUACAAUUACUUAAUUGUCUACUUGAAUUACAAAAAGGAAGGUGAAGUUUAUAGCGAAGCAUAUGGUGAAGCAUCGGGUGAUAAUGAAGACAAUGACGAAAAAAUCGAAGCAGAUGAAAAGCUGCAAGCAGAUAGAACCGAGAGGAGUGGAGCUGAGGGUCUAGCAAGUGAUCAGUUGAACAGAUACGAUAAGAAAAUAAUUUUAGAAAUAGUCAAGAUGUUGGAGAAAGCUGGGAAAUGGGAUUGGUGUUUUGACUUGUGUAGGUUUUUGAAGAUCCUAGAGCCAUCUGGACAGUUUUUGAAACAAGUCAAGUCACAUCUUAAUGGAUAUUAG